AUGGUAACAGCUGUGGACAUCGACAACGCCUCGUCGCAGUCUGAGUUGACCAAGCUCCGAGGGACAUGCCGAGCCCAACACACCAAGAAGCGUCAAGAGCUACUGAGAGUGCGUGAAGACCUCGACACUGCUUUUGAAACCGAGGACCUCACUGCUCAAGAACAGCUCCAAGAACGAGAGUGCCAGUUAGAGAGCGAUAUCUCCCACUACCGGGACCUGAUCAACACAUGCACGGCCAAGAUCGAUCACCUUCUGGCGGAUGCAUCCGUAGGGGCUCAGGCCCUUCUUCCGGCUCCGAGCCCUGGUCUUCCGGUUGCUAUUCACGACGAGUCGGUCAACUCACUCGUCACUGUCUUGGCCGACGCACUGGCGAAAGCGACCUCUAGUGUGAAGUCAAACCCUUCGUCGAUGGGAUCGAGGCCGAUGCAGCUGAGUGACGUAUCGAAGCUAUCCGUCUCGUCCCGUACCUUGAAGGACGUAUCCCUGUUGUCCGUCCACUACAGACGGAUGGAGUCCCUCUUCGUGGCCGCCAACUUCGGUCAGGUCGGGGAGGAUGGUCGGUUUACUCCUCACGAGUCCAUCAAGGUGGCAGUUAUUGAGAAAUUCCUCGACACGUUGUCGCCUUUCGCUACACUGGUGAAUGAGGCAGCCAGGAACAUCGACAGCAACGGUCACAACUGGGUAGCUCUCCGUGAGACUCUCUUGGACAAGUUCUGUAGUCCUGGGGCCAUUCGUAAGGAGGUCAGAAAGCGUGUGGGUAAACUGACGUUUCCUGGCGCCGCAAAUGUCGACCAGUACAUUGACCAGCUCCGUGACAUCCGGACUCUACAUCUGGGAGCCAACCACAAGUGCACCACACUAUCUUCUACUGGAGCGUGUCAGUGUUUCGACGACAACACCCACUUCAUCGACUCUGUGCUGAAGCCGGUUCCACGCGACUUAAAGGUACAACUGGCACGGGACGUCAUCUCUGCGGCCAGGCAUCAGUACUCAGAGAGGCGCACUCUUGACUGGCAACUGAGGCUCCCUUUCGAUGGGACCUCGGGGACUGUCACUAUCCUUAGCCUCUUAGCCGAUGUUUGCUGUGCCAAUAGUCUGACAACGGAAGGCGGUCUGUCUCGUAAACAUGAAGGCCAACAACCUAGUUCGGACGUGCGAGAGAAGUUGUGGCAUGCCUCUGACCGGCAACCACACAGCACGGUUCGGACAGCAGCACAGAAAGCCCAUGCAGAGGCGGUUGAGUGGGCGAGGACGCAGCCUUUCGUCCUAUUGGUAAUGGGCGAGGGUGUGAAAUCGGCUACUGCUUCGACGACGGGGUUCAGUGCGGCCAAAGACCUGAGGUUCCUCACGUCCCGAGCCGGCAAACCCUACUGCUUGAUGUCGUUUCCGGACAAGUCCUCGGCUAUGGCCUGCGUGUCAGACCACUUCGCCGAUAAGUCCCGGUUUGGUAUUGUCAAAGAGUUCGAUACCGACUACAAACGCCGCCAGCGCGGCAACAACGGGGGUCCAAAAAACGAGUACAGGAGUGGCGGUCAGUAG